CGCUGGCCCGAUACACAGUAGCAUCUAAGUUUUAAACAGCCGGCGUUUACCAUAUAAGGCUGAAAGCGUCUCUUUCGGAAGCGGCUGGGAGCUAAUUGUAGCCUAGACUAAAGCACGCCCUGAAGCCCGACAACCUUAAAAAACUAUCGACAGUAGACUGUAACACUACAACACUUCAACUUGGUAUUUGCUGAAGUAAUACAUUUAAAUGAGUGCCGCAAAAGAUGGCUUUUCAUUUUAAGACGGCACUGACUGUAUGGCGACUGCGCACCCAGAACAUUCAGACAUGUAGUCCCUCAGUCUGACCUACUGAUGUCUCGACCAUGGUAAUCACAUCUAGGUGACCAGACACGGUUUAAAGGUCCACUAACUGAACUACCGUAAAUCAAAGGUUAAGAUGAGGUUGGAUCUGGGAAAUGUAGUUCUCCGUCGGAUGAAAGAGGAGGAUAUCGAGGCUGUAAAAGCCCUCAUCAAGGAGGGAUGUGAAGGUACAGAGAACCGGCUCAUCCUGCACCUCCUCACCCGUCCGUUGGCGCUGCUCCUCCUAGCCAUGCUCUCCUCCGUACUGCGCUUUGUGGUGCACUCGUUCAUAGUAGCUCUGCUCAUCCCUGUCUUCCUCGUCAUCGUCUACCUUAAGCUCACCAUACCACGCUCCACAGGCAUCCUGGGCUCCAGCAGGACCUACUGGGACUACCUGGGCAGCAGCUUCGGCGCCGGAGCCGAGCCCGCGCUGCCCAACCCGCACGCGGCCCGGGCCGGGUUGGUCGUCGGCCCAGAGAAGGCCAGGCGGCGCAAGAAGGCCCGGGAGAAAGGGCAGACCGGGGAGCGGGCGGACGAGCGGCAGCUGCAGGAGCGGGCGCGCGUGGCGGGUGAGGUGUGGGUGGCGGACAGCGAGGGCGAGGUGCUCGGCUGCGUGGCCCGAGAUGGGCGAAGCCGGCAGGGAGCGUUCCGCGUCUGCAGACUGGCGGUGCAGAGCUGGUACCGCCGAAAGGGGCUCGGAAAGCUGCUGGUGGAGGGCCUGGAGGCCAGAGCAAGGCAGGGCGGGGCACGCAGGGUGUACGCCCACGUGCCUUUCCCGUCCAAAGUGGGGGAGACCUUCUUUAGGAAGCUUGGCUACCGGCUCUACGGAGAAACCUCCGGGCUUCAGGGCGAGGAAGAGGAGGAGGAGGAGGAGGAGGAGGACUAUGGGGGGCCAGAAAAAGGCUGGCUGGGGCUCCCGCUGACUAAGGUGUUUGUUAAAGACCUGUGAGCGUGAGUGCAACGUGUGGAAAGUUUACCAUAUAACAAGAGGAGCAAAACUUUGAGGUCUUGCUUUGUGCUGAAGGCAUUUUGAAACACCAUAAAGAAAUAUUGAAACUGCUUUUUAGUCUCAGUAGAAGAAACAUGUUGUGCAGUUUCAUUAUGAAGUCUGCGUGGUAAAUGCAUUACUAAUGAAAUUAAAAGGUGGUAACCAAUAAUUUAUACCGUAAACGCAAAAGGAGAGCGCGAGGCUGAAGCAGCCUUUUCAUCAAAUGCCCGUGCAUUUAAUUAUUUAUGCAUAUGAUUUAUUUAUUGUGUGGUGUUUUUAUGUUUGCGCAUUUGCCUCUAGUCUUUCCAGUUUGUUGUGACUGAUAUAAUUUUGGACCUACUAGAGUCCAUUUUCCUUUGACCUGUGCGCUAGCGGCAGUUUUACCUCAGCAGUUCCUUUGUUUGGAAAAUACAUUAAUAAAUAUUUUGUGCUUUUA